CAUUCACUACUGUCUCUGCAUGGAGGUUGAGUUCAGCUCGCAUGAUGCAAAAUGUUACGGAUGUAUGGAGGAGUCACGACGCACGGCACGACGCCACGCAGCUCGUCAUGACUUGAAGAUGGGAUUUCUUUAGUGACGUGAAAUUUAGGUUGGAUGCAAUUAGGCAUUAGGUUAGUGCGUGCUGCUGCAGCGGCUGGAGCUUCUAGCUGCUCACUGUGGCAACACUUUGCAUCACCUCUUUUGGCUGCAGCACAUUUUUAUUUUAUUUUUUAUUACAAAUUUUCAUGCAAAGCUGCAGAUUUUUGCACCUGAAAUAUUAAUUUCCAUGGAAAGCUUUGCGCGCAGGUGAAGUCAAGUGUGUGCGGAUUUCUCUGGAAGGACGCUGCUUUACGCUUCGUGCACCUGUGGACACCGUGCAUGCAUUUUCUGCACCUUUUUCUUUCUUUUACGCGUUUUUAUUUCUAGGCUUUUUCCUGCAGCAUUACGCGUCUAUCGGAUGCGCGUCUGUCGGAGAGGUCUGGUCACAUUCAGCACAUCAUCAUCAGCUCCAGGCAGCUUGUGGAUGGGCUCUGUCGGUCUCCGGCUCUCCAGCAGCAGCAGCAGCAGCAGCAGCUCCUAACUAAGCUCCAACGAUGGCAUCCCAGGGUUUCUGGUCUCUCGGAGGAGAUAAUGCAGGAGCCAACACCGGGAAUCAGAGCCCAAGUACGCCCAGAGCUUGGUGUCAAGCAGCGGCCCAGAAAUUAUCAGGAGGAAUUGGAUCGAAAUUAUGUGCGCUGCUGAACGUCGGUGAGCUGGAGAAACCAGCCGAUCAAGCAGCCGUCAAGCAGCCGCCGGAGACGGAGGCUGCAGGCACCUGCGGCUGCAACAAAUCCUGCAACUGCACCAAAGCUGCUCCUGUAGCCUUCUCCGACCUCUAUUCAACAGACCUGUUACCUGCCAUGGAUGGCGACGCCAAAACACUGACCUUCCUGCAGGAGGUCGUGGAUAUUUUAAUGGCUUACAUCGUGGAGUCUUUCGACCGAGAAACGAAAGUGAUUGAUUUUCAUUAUCCAAACGAGCUGCUGCAGAUGAACAACUGGGAGCUGCAGGGCGAGCCGGCCAACCUGGAUGAGAUCUUGAUCAGCUGUCGUGCUACUCUCAAAUACGCCAUCAAAACAGCCCAUCCCAGGUACUUCAAUCAGCUCUCUACAGGAUUAGACAUGGUCGGCCUGGCAGCCGACUGGCUAACAUCCACCGCCAACACCAAUAUGUUCACCUAUGAGGUGGCUCCUGUCUUUGUGCUGCUGGAAUACGUCACUCUGAAGAAGAUGAGGGAGAUCGUUGGUUGGGCGGAUGGGCGAGGAGAUGGCAUUUUCUCUCCUGGUGGUGCUAUUUCUAACAUGUACGCCAUGCUGCUGGCUCGCUUCAAGAUGUUCCCUGAAGUGAAGGAGAAAGGAAUGUCAUCCGUUCCCCGACUGGUGGCCUUCACAUCUGAACAUAGCCAUUUCUCAAUCAAAAAAGGAGCAGCAGCUCUCGGCAUCGGGACAGAGAGUGUGAUCUGCAUCAAAGCAGAUGAAUGUGGUAAAAUGAUCCCAGCUGACCUUGAGAGGAGAAUACUGGAGGCGAAACAGAAGGGUUUUGUUCCUUUCUUUGUGAGUGCGACGGCUGGAACAACCGUGUACGGAGCCUUUGACCCUCUCAUCGCCAUUUCUGACAUCUGCAAAAAGUACAACGUCUGGAUGCACGUGGAUGGUGCGUGGGGAGGAAGUCUCCUCAUGUCCCGGAGACACAGGUGGAAGCUGGACGGAGUUGACAGGGCCAAUUCAGUAACAUGGAACCCACACAAGAUGAUGUCCGUCCCUCUGCAGUGUUCAGCCCUGCUGGUCAGAGAGGAGGGUCUGAUGCAGAACUGCAACCAGAUGCACGCCUGCUACCUGUUCCAGCAGGACAAACACUACGACCUUUCCUACGACACCGGAGACAAAGCAAUGCAGUGCGGACGCCACGUGGACAUCUUCAAGCUGUGGCUCAUGUGGAGAGCCAAGGGCACCAUUGGGUUUGAGGCUCAGAUUGACAAAUGUUUGGAGCUGUCGGAGUACCUCUACAACAAGAUCAAGGACAGAGAAGGAUACGAGAUGGUCUUUGACGGAAAGCCUCAGCACACCAACGUCUGCUUCUGGUACCUCCCUCCUGGGAUCCGCUACAUGGAGGACAAAGAGGAGAGGAAGAAACACUUACACAAGGUGGCUCCAGUGAUAAAGGCCAGGAUGAUGGAGUACGGGACGACCAUGGUCAGCUACCAACCACAAGGAGACAAGGUCAACUUUUUCCGCAUGGUGAUCUCAAAUCCCGCCGCGGCCUUCGAGGACAUCGACUUUCUUAUUGAAGAGAUUGAACGACUCGGCCAGGAUCUAUAAGACUCAUCUCACCAAAUCCUCCCGUGCGUUUCCCCCUUGACGGAUGAAUUGUUUGUCGUGAAUGUACUGGUAAACUUUUUUUCUUUUCUCUCUCUUUCCUCCAAAGUCACAUAUUUAAGAGUAUAUUUGAGAAAAAAGAUCUAUAUCUAUAUAUAUUAUGUAUUGUAGCUUUGCCGUGGACUAACUUGGUCCAAAGCUAUGUAAAAGUGCUUCUGUCUGCCUUUCCUAUAGUGUAGUCGAUCCCAGUGAGUGACGUAACUUUAUAUGUACUUUUUGUGAUAUGAAAUGCUUGUGCAAUAAGUCGACGAGGAAGAGUUUUAUUUUUUAAUCAUUUCUCAUUUGCCGAGUAUGUUGUUAAGUGCCAAACGUGGUUGUGUUCUAUAGUAACUUUCCAUUUUUAAACUUCUGGUUUAAAACAAACAAAAAAAGCACUUCACCUUACCUCAGCUUAAUCAACUGCCUUUACAUCUGCACAUAGUACUCCAAGACGGUAUUCUCUUUACUGGUGAUGUAUAGCAGCACCAGCGCGUUAAAUAAAUAUCCCAACCAGAGCCGGACGUCAGUAGGAAACAUGUACAAAAGAAGGCAUUUCCAUCAAAAUUACACAAGAGCAGAGUCAAUUUAAAGCAUUUAUGAAGCAUCGUGCAUCCCAUCGGCCUCUGACAGUUUGGUCCGCAGCUUAUGAUGCUAAUUUAGCUUAUUACUUCUAACUGUUUUUACACACACAGACUUCUUUCUAGUGUAUUUAAGGUGGUAAAGGCUUGUUAAACCCAUUUUGUUUGAUGUCAGCAGUUACAUGCACACAUAUUUCCAACCAGGCUGUAUAUUUAGCUGUGCUUUACAUGUUGUAAUGGUAAUCUAAAAUGAGAGUAAAUCAACAUUUUAAGAAGUAACGUAAAGUUAUAAUCCUCAAAUUUAUCUCAAACCCCCAUUUCUGCAACAAUUAAUGACCAACAUUUGCUCAGCCAUUCAAAGUAAUUGCAGUUUUAAUUGCCUCUCUUUAUAUUAGGUUUAAUUAUUAGUGGCGGAGUCCACCUUUACCACUCGAAAUUCAAUAAAAUAAUGCAAUCAAACUGAUCAGAUAGGACACAGUGUAAUAUGUACAAACAGCAUCCCAAUACACUAGACCUCUCUGUGUUGUACACAUUACAUUCCCUCUAGAUUUUUUUUGGUAAACCACCAACCUUAAAGUUCAAACUGCACUUAUGGCUACUACUCCAAAAUCUCCUCACAGCCCAUCAUUGCUCCUGGUGGCUUUGUUAAGCUAUGUUCACACUACGAGCGACAAAAGCAGCAAAAUGGCCAGCGUGGCCAGCUACAUUGUCGCCGAUGAAGUGUUGCUCAAGCGCUCGUUGGUGUAGUUAUGUCAUUAAAUAGCACCGGGAACUGGCUAACGGCAUUUUUGUAGACAGAACGCAACAGGGUGAGACAAAAACAUCAUUGGAGUGUUGAAAAAAAGUUGAGACCAGCUUAACUUUAUUUGUAACGUGUCACGCAGCAACAAGUGUCAGCAUCAAAACACAGCAUCAUGUACUUGCUGUUAUCAGAAUGAAAUUUUAAGGAUUAUAACUUUAAAGAAACCUCUCCUCUACAGGACCACAACGAGAGAAGCUAUUUGUUUUCGGAUGAGCACUUAAAGAAAGAUCGAGGAUCUUAAAGAAAACUGGGAACGGGGCAAUAAUGGUGUUUAAGUCUGAAUAUUAAAGGAACUUCACCAGGCUUGCAGCUACUGCAUACCUGACAUCACUUGCACUAAAUCAUCGGGGGAGGAGGAGCGUCCCUUAGCAUUGCAACUGAGAUUUCUUCUUUAUUCAUUCACAAGCAAUAUUCAAGUAUAAUGGGUCCAAUCUAUAUAUAUAUAUAUAUAUAUAUAUAUAUAGAUGCAAAAAAAAUCAGAAAAAAACGGCGAAUUCACGUGUACAAUAGUUCACGAUAAUCAAGUUUGCUACGAGUUAGCAACAACUAAAAACAUGCGUACUGUAGUCAGGGUAGUUGACGGAACGUGAACCAGAGGUUCUGUAGCAUUUUCAUUAGAACAAGUUAGAGAAGCACAACACGGUCGCUCAGUGUACAAUCACUUUUGAUCAUAGAUUGUAAAUAGUAUUUCAAGAUGUCCUAAGUACAUAUCUUUGUGUAUACAUACGUGUAUAUAAGACAUAUAACCAGAGACUAUUUGUGAGGUAAAGUUAUUCAUAUUUUCUCUAUCUCCAAUAUAGAUUACCUGUAUUUUCAUCCUGUUUGUCCAAAAGGCUUUUUUCCUGUGUGUGUGUGUGUGUGUGUGUAUGAUACUUGACUUGGUUUGUGACUCUUCUAGCUAUUUCAAAGAUGUUUUCAGGGACUGGCUUUAAAGAAAACCGACAGAUUUCACCUCGAAACACUUCCCAGUCUCGCUCAGAGAGAGACUCCGCUGGUGUUUGGGUUUUAAAUGAAUAUGCAAAGCCAUUUUUGACUCAGAAGCCCUGUGUGUUUUUUGUGCACAAGUGAAAUACUUGACGGUAUGUGCCAAUGUGUACCUUAGUGUGUUUGUAACUGUGUUGCCUUAGUAUACAUUUGCCAGUAUUGUCUAGUUUUCCUCCGAAGGGGAGGUCGUGCACUUUAGAGUAUACACAUGAUCUAAUAACGUGCAAUGUCCAAUGGUUGUUCAUAAGUUGAUGUUUAAAAAAAAAAAUAAUGUAACUCAAGCUCUUUGGUCUGAAUGUGACACGAAU